CGCGGCUUCGUGCGCGCAUGGACGGACGACGCCGAUAUGCAUGUCACAUCGCCGACGUAUCUGCUCCUCAACACCUACGACGACGCGACCAUGGCGCGAUCGCUGUAUCACAUGGACCUCUAUCGUCUCGACAGCGUCUCUGCUGUCGACGCCAAGGCCAUGGGCCUCGAGGACGCGUUUGCGUCGAGCGUCAACUUGAUCGAGUGGCCCGACCGGCUCACAUCGGACCUUGUGCCUGCAGACCGCCUCGAGGUCCACAUCGCGUACACCGAUACAGAAGACGAACGAGCCGUGGAGCUCAAAGCCUUUGGUCCAUCGUGGGAAAGCGCGCUUCGCUGGUUCGAGUCGACGCAGGCUCAGUGA